GCACCUGAUUGUAGUUCCGGAAAGCUUGGUCUCCACAACUUCCGUUCUGUGUUGUUGUUGUGCAGCAGUAGCGAUCGCUAACAGAAGCACCAUCAAUAACAGAAACAACAGCUGUAACCGUAGAGCAGAGCCGUGGCACUUUGGCAAAAAAAGCAAAACAAACUUUCAAUCUCUCCGCGGGAUUUAGAGUGUUUGUGGAGGAGCGUCUGGGUGCUGGUGUGCGCUGUUGAAGAGCACCAUGGCGGACUAUGAGGAGGAGCCGCGCCGCUCCAAACACAAGAAUCAGCAGCUGUUGGACUCUGCUCUGAGCCCGAGGGUCGUGCUCGUCAGAGCCGCUGUCCAGCUCUCCUCUCUGAGCCCUGGUCUGACUCCACACAUUAAAGAAGAACACAACAUCAAACAGGAGGAGACUGAGCAGCAAGUCUCUGUCCCAGAGUUUAGUGCUGUGAGCGUGAAAACAGAAGAGUCCUCACUACUUCUACAAAGACAAACUGAGCAGAGAGAGGACACACAGGAGGAGGACAUCAAAGCAGAGACACAUGUCCACAGAGAGGACACACAGGAGGAGGACAUCAAAGCAGAGACACAUGUCCACAGAGAGGACACACAGGAGGAGGACAUCAAAGCAGAGACACAUGUCCACAGAGAGGACACACAGGAGGAGGACAUCAAAACAGAGACACAUGUCCACAGAGAGGACACACAGAAGGAGGACAUCAGAGCAGACUCAGAGACUGAGGGAGACACAGAGCACUCUUCUGACACUGACAGUGAUGAAGACUGGAGAGCUCCAUUCAGCUGUUCACCUGCACACAUGGACACAAGGACUGAUGGAGACAAGUCUACACCAGAGACCAGAGACACUGUGAACUAUGGAGACAUGUCAGGAACUGGAGAAGGAGCUGAGAGCAGGAAACACAAGUGCUCUGUUUGUGAAGAGAGAUUUGGGUCUAAAUAUAAACUACAAAUACACAGGAGAGUUCACACAGGAGAGGAACCAUUCACCUGUUCAGUCUGUAAGAAAAUGUUUGCUGCAAGAUAUGACCUCAAAAUACACAUGAGAACACAUACAGGAGAGAAACCAUUCAGCUGUUCAAUCUGUAAGAAAGUGUUUGGGCAAGGAUCUAAUCUCAGAGCACAUAUGAGGACACACACAGGGGAGAAACCAUUCAGCUGUUCAGUCUGUAAGAAAACAUUUGCCCAAAAGCACUAUCUUGACACACAUAUGAGGACACACACAGGAGAGAAACCAUUCAGCUGUUCAGUCUGUAAGAAAGCGUUUGCUGUAAGAUAUACUCUCAAAAAACAUAUGAGGGGACACACAGGAGAGAAAUCAGUCAACUGUUCAAUCUGUAAGAAAGUGUUUGCUGAAAGAUAUACUCUCAAAAUACAUAUGAGCACACACACAGGGGAGCAACCAUUCAGCUGUUCAGUCUGUAAGAAAGUGUUUGCUUAUAGAUAUGAACUCAAAAUACAUAUGAGGACACACACAGGGGAGAAACCAUUCAGCUGUUCAGUCUGUAAGAAAGUGUUUGCGCAAGGAUAUAAUCUCAAAGCACACAUGAGGACACACACAGGGGAGAAACCAUUCAGCUGUUCAGUCUGUAACAAAGUGUUUGCUGUCAGAUAUGACCUCAAAAGACAUAUGAGGACCCACACAGGGGAGAAACCAUUCAGUUGUUCAGUCUGUAAGAAAGUGUUUGCGCAAAAAGGUAAUCUCAAAGCACAUAUGAGGACACACACAGGGGAGAAACCAUUCAGCUGUUCAGUAUGUAAGAAAGUGUUUGUGCAAGGAUCUAAUCUCAAAACACAUAUGAGGACACACACAGGGGAGAAAGCUAGAUCAGGGGUUGGCAACCUUAAAUCCUCAAAGAGCCACUUGAAGCAUCUCCCACAGAAAACAAAACACCCACAGCCACAAAUCCCUUAUAACCACACACAUCUAACAGAAGCACCACCAGUAACAGAAACACCAUCUGUAACUGUAGAGCAAAGCCGUAGCACUUUGGCAAAUUUUUUUUAUAUGUCCACAGGGUUUAGAGCGUUUGUGGAGGAGUGUCUGGGUGCUGGUGUGCAGGACAUAUGUGGGCUGUUGAAGAGCACCAUGGCGCACUAUGAGGAGCUGCGCCGCUCCAAACCUGAGAACCAGCAGCUCUUGGACUCUGCUCUGAGCCCGAGGGUCAUGUUCGUCAGAGCCGCUGUCCAGCUCCCCUCUCUGAGCCCUGGUCUGACUCCACACAUUAAAGAAGAACACAACAUCAAACAGGAGGAGACUGAGCUGCAAGUCUCUGUCCCAGAGUUUAGUGCUGUGAGCGUGAAAACAGAAGAGUCCUCACUACUUCUACAAAGACAAACUGAGCAGAGAGAGGACACACAGGAGGAGGACAUCAAAACAGAGACACAUGUCCACAGAGAGGACACACAGGAGGAGGACAUCAAAACAGAGACACAUGUCCACAGAGAGGACACACAGGAGGAGGACAUCAGAGCAGACUCAGAGACUGAGGGAGACACAGAGCACUCUUCUGACACUGACAGUGAUGAAGACUGGAGAGCUCCAUUCAGCUGUUCACCUGCACACAUGGACACAAGGACUGAUGGAGACAUGUCUGCACCAGAGACCAGAGCCACUGUGAACUAUGGAGACAUGUCAGGAACUGGAGAAGGAGCUGAGAGCAGGAAACACAAGUGCUCUGUUUGUAAAGAGAGAUUUGGGUCUAAAUAUAAACUACAAAUACACAGGAGAGUUCACACAGGAGAGGAACCAUUCACCUGUUCAGUUUGUAUGAAAGUGUUUGCUGCAAGAUAUGACCUCAAAAUACAUAUGAGGACACACACAGGAGAGAAACCAUUCAGCUGUUCAGUCUGCAAGAAAGUGUUUGUACAAGGAUCUAAUCUCAAAACACAUAUGAGGACACACACAGGGGAGAAACCAUUCAGCUGUUCAAUCUGUAAGAAAACAUUUGCCCAAAAGCACAAUCUUGACACACACAUGAGGACACACACAGGGGAGAAACCAUACAGCUGUUCACUCUGUAACAAAGUGUUUGCUGACGGUUCUACUCUCAGAAAACAUAUGAGGAAACACACAGGGGAGAAACCAUUUAGCUGUUCAGUCUGUAAGAAACUUUUUGCCCGAAAGGGUUAUCUUGACACACACAUGAGUACACACACAGGAGAGAAACCAUUCAGCUGUUCAGUCUGUAAGAAAACAUUUGCCCAAAAGGGUCAUCUUGACACACAUAUCAGUACACACACAGGGGACAAAUCAUUCAACUGUUCAGUUUGUAAGAAAACAUUUGCCCGAAAGCCCACUCUUGACACACACAUGAGAACACACACAGGGGAGAAGCCAUUCAGCUGUUCAGUCUGUAAGAAAACAUUUGCCCAAAAGGGUCAUCUUGACACACAUAUGAGGACACACACAGGGGAGAAAUCAUUCAGCUGUUCAGUCUGUAAAAAAACAUUUGCCCAAAAGGUUCAUCUUGACACACAUAUGAGGACACACACAGGGGAGAAAUUAUUCAGCUGUUCAGUCUGCAAGAAAGGGUUUGCUGUAAGACCUACUCUCAAAAAACAUGAGGACACACACAGGGGAGAAACCAUUCAGCUGUUCAGUCUGUAAUAAAGUCUUUGCACAAGGAUGUAAUCUCAAAGCACAUAUGAAGACACACAGUGGAGAAAGCUAGACACCCAGAACCACAAAACCAUUUUGACACCUGAAAUGAGGAGAACACUGCAGUUCUUUUUUUUUUUUCUACCUGCUAUGUAUAAAAGGCUAUAGUGUGUCUGCUUCUGAGUUCCGUCAUCAUUUUAUCACGUGUAAACCAGUCUCAUCAGUGGUGAAAUCAAAUGCAUCUGUCCAUGUAGCAUUAAACAUUCUCUUUUCUUCAGAAA